AGGUGAUUCGUGCGACCUCUCUUUCUCUCUAUUUAUCUCUCUUUCUUUUCCUCCGUCGUCUUUUUUGGUUUGUUCUCUCUCUGUAGAAUCUCAUAGGAGCUGCCAUUAGCCCAUUCAACGAAUUAGCUUCUCUUUGCUCUUUCUUCCACCAUCUCAGUUGAAGGAGAGAGAGAGCUUUGACGAAACAAUUUCAUACUGGGGAAUGGCAGAGGCUGUUGAUGAAGAUUCUGGGGUUGGACGAUCUCUAGAGGAGAGUUCAAAUGGACAACACAGUCAAGCAGGAGAAGCACUCUCAGAGUGGCGCUCUUCUGGUCAAGUGGAGAACGGGACUCCAUCCACAUCCCCCUCUUACUGGGAUAUCGAUGACGAUGAUGAUUAUGGCCUGAAACCCUCUGAGUUAUAUGGACAGUAUACUUGGAAGAUUCCGAAAUUUUCAGAAAUCACUAAAAGGGAGCAUCGUAGCAAUGUUUUUGAAGCUGGCGGUUACAAAUGGUACAUGGCAUCUGUUUAUCUUUCUCAUCCUUAUAUCUUGUGUCACAAUAAAAUCUCGGGAUGUGAUUGUUGAGGCUCUGUGUUGUUCUAUUUGUCUUCAAUGUGUCAGGUAUAUUUUAAUUUAUCCACAAGGAUGUGAUGUUUGUAAUCAUCUCUCCUUGUUUCUCUGUGUUGCAAAUUAUGAUAAACUUCUUCCAGGUUAGUAUUAUUGUCCACUUGUCUGCAUGGUCCCUUUUCUCUCUCUGGAUACCUAGUCAUGUAGGUUCUUUUGCUAUCUUGGAGGCAGGCUGGAGUCAGUUCGCUCAGUUUACUAUAUCUGUGUUGAGUCAAGAUCUCAAGAAAUCAAAGUUUUCAGAUACACUGCACCGGUUUUGGAAGAAAGAGCAUGAUUGGGGAUGGAAAAAGUUUAUGGAGUUGCCUAAGUUAAAAGACGGGUUCAUAGAUGAGUCUGGCUGUCUUACAAUUGAGGCUAAAGUUCAGGUGAUCAGAGAGAGGGUAGACCGACCUUUUCGCUGCCUUGAUUGCGGUUAUAGGAGAGAACUUGUUAGGGUGUAUUUCCAAAAUGUGGAGCAAAUUUGCCGACGUUUUGUUGAAGAGAAAAGAAGCAAGCUAGGGAGGUUGAUAGAGGACAAGGCAAGAUGGACAAGCUUCGGUGUUUUCUGGUUAGGGAUGGACCAAAACUCUAGGCGUCGGAUGUGUAGAGAGAAAGUGGACGUAAUCCUAAAAGGAGUUGUAAAACACUUUUUCGUAGAGAAAGAAGUUUCAUCCACUUUGGUGAUGGAUUCCUUGUAUAGUGGGUUGAAGGCUCUAGAAGGCCAAACUAAGAACAUGAAAGCUAGGUCGAGACUUUUAGAUGCCAAGCAAUUGCCAGCACCGAUUGUUAGCGUGGACAAAGAUAUGUUCGUAUUAGUUGAUGAUGUGCUGUUACUCCUAGAGAGAGCUGCUCUUGAGCCAUUGCCUCCAAAAGAUGAAAAAGGUCGCCAGAACCGUACAAAGGAUGGCAAUGAUGGAGAAGAGGUCAACAAGGAAGCCGAUGAGCGUGAUGAGAGACGUUUAACUGAAUUGGGUAGACGAACUGUGGAGAUAUUUAUUCUUUCCCAUAUCUUCAGCACUAAAAUCGAAGUUGCACAUCAAGAAGCUAUCGCGCUAAAAAGGCAGGAAGAACUUAUUCGUGAGGAAGAGGAAGCGUGGUUGGCAGAAACCGAACAGAGGGCCAAAAGAGGAGCAGCCGAGCGAGAGAAGAAAUCUAAGAAGAAACAGGCGAAACAGAAACGGAACAAAAAUAAAGGGAAGGACAAAAGGAAGGAAGAAAAGGUGAGUUUUGCAACACAUGCAAAGGAUCUCGAGGAAAACCAAAACCAAAACCAAAACGAUGAGGAAGAAAAGGAUUCUGUCACGGAGAAAGCACAAUCUUCAGCUGAAAAGCCUGAUACUCUUGGAGAUGUGUCCGACAUAUCUGAUUCUGUGGAUGGUUCGGCUGACAUUCUUCAGCCUGAUUUAGAAGAUAGGGAUAGUAGUUCUGUUCUUUGGGAUACUGAUGCCUUGGAAAUUCAUCCUCCAUCAUCAGAAGGGAGCAGUAGAGGAAGAGGCAUUUCGAUAUCUACACCCAAUGGAAUUACAGAAGGAAAGAGUCAUUCCACUAUGGAUGAUAGUUCUUCAACUUGUUCUAAUGAUUCUAUCCGAUCGGGGGUAACCAAUGGGUCCUACCAAGGGAAUUCCUUGAAUUUCCGAAACCAGAAGUCGCCGAACAAAGGAAAGAACCAACAAGUGAAAGCAAUGACUGAUGCCCACAGUUUAGCGAGUGAAACAGAUGAUCAACCCUCAACACUUGGAACAGACCCCAAGGGUCAGAAUUAUUCUUCCGAGGCAAGCAACGUUGGUGAAUCUGAUUGGGUUGUUGUCUCCCACAUCCAGGAGCCAGAGGGUUCUCGAAAUCGUAUUCCUGUUGGGAGGGAACGCAAAACGGUUCAAUCCAUUGUGAACUCGGUCGACAUGGAUCGACCUAAAGAGAAAAGCACUGCUGUACUUUCUUCUCCCAGAAAUGUUGCCAAGAAUCCUUCACCAUUAACUCAGACAAAACCGGAGAAAAAGAGCAUUUCAACCGCAGACGGUAUUCCAAACAGGAAAGUACUGGCAACUGGACCACCUUCAUCAAGCCAAGUAGUGCUUCCUUCAGAUAUUCAGUCGCAAACUGUUGGUCUCAGAGCUGAUAUGCAAAAACUCUCUGCUCCAAAACAACCACCAGCAACAACUAUAUCAAGGCCUUCCAGUGCUCCAAUAAUCCCUGCGAUGCGACCCUCCCCAAUCACCGUCUCUUCCUCAGUUCAAACAACAACAUCCCUUCCUCGUUCGGUUAGCUCAGCUGGUCGUCUAGGUCCAGAUCCAUCCCUACACAACCAACAAACAUACACUCCUCAAUCCUAUAAAAACGCUAUAGUCGGUAACUCUCUUGGUUCAUCAUCAUCUAGUUUCAACCACCACCCAAGCUCUCAUGGAGUUGUCCCGACCACAUUGCCAUCAUCAUCUUACUCGCAAGCACCAACAUCAUCUUAUCAGUCAAGCUUCCCUUACAGUCAAGAUGGGCUCUUGUGGACAGGAAGAAGUCCCAGUUCUGUAAACAUGGGCAUGUACAACAACACUUACUCACCCGCCGUUACUAGCAACAGAUCGCUGAACCACAUGGACGUUCAGAUAGCGCAGCAACAAGCACAAAGCAUGAUGACGGAUGAGUUCCCUCACCUAGACAUCAUCAAUGAUCUGCUGGAAGACGAACAGUGCAGCAACAUGGUGUAUAACGGAAGCAUAUUCAAUCCACAACCGCAAGUGUUCAACGGGCAGUACUCAUCAUACCAUGGUGAGUUAUUGUCUGGUGGCAGGACCAGGAGUUUCGGAGAGGAAGGAUUGCAUUACAUGGCACGUGGACCAUAUGGUACAGACGGAAUGAUGCCGAGACAGUGGCAAAUGACGAACAUGGACUUGUCGUUGCCAGCAAUGAGGAGCAAUGGAAUGGAAGAUGGAACAUCAUCAGCAGCUAAUUACCAUCACAGUUACUUUGGUUUGGACGCUUCGAAUCCAAGUUUUACGUCUGGUAUUAAUGGCUACACCGAGUUCAGGCCAUCGAAUGGUCAUUGAUCAGCAAAUGGAGAGAGGGGAUUUGUAAUGUUUUUAUUUUUUUUAAAAAGGAAAAAAAAUCAUGAAUAUACAAUUUGUGUAAAGAGAGUUGUCUUCUUGUCAUCCUCUACGUUUCAAAUGGUUUUUUUUUUUUUAAAUAUAGUAUAAGAUAGUUUUCGC